AGGUAGUCAGAGGCCCAACAAUCCACCCACCGCCGGAACGCGUAGAGGAGGUUGGGGAGUCCAAAUCGAAAGCACAUGGGUGGUUUGAAAGCAGAAGGGGUCCAACAAGAUAUUGGGAGCCACCCGUACCAUAUGCGUUCAGGACCAGCGCUGCCGAACGGAAACAGUUAUAUGGGAUUCUCUACACUCCCACGUCAAGGUGUAUUUCCCUUUCUCUUGUACCCACCACUUGGAAGGCAUAAAAAGGUCGAUGUUAAGGCCCAAUUUCGGUUACUUGGUGCAUUUGCUGUCGGACACCUGGAAUUGGUGCCCCCAGGGUACGAUUUCAUCUCUCUAUUCCUCUUAACCUUCUUUAAUUACAUCCUCCCUCCUCCUCCUCCUGUGUCCCCUGCAAAAACUUCGUCUCUUGCGGAUAUAUAUCCUAAUUUUUUAACGUAUUCUUCCAGUGAUCCAGUCUCUUUUUAUUUCCUUUUCUUGGACGGUUCAUUUUCAUCACAUGAUUUCAUAUAAACCCAGUAUUGAAGGUCUUCCCAAUAAUGUGAGAACGCUAGUUUCAGUUUUAGUUGGUUUUGAAAGGAAAAUGAGCUAUUGCUCACCUUGUAUCAUUUGGUUUAUAUACAUUUGAGAUUGUGUAGAAUUGAAUGAGUGUUGUUAGCGUUUUAGGGUGUUAUCAGUGAGUUUGUACUCUUUUUGUUGUUAGCC